CAGGUCCCAAAAAGCUAUAUAUACCGUACUGCAAAUAUUAGUUAUCUAUCUCGGGUUAUUUCUGUGUGGAUUCACCAAGUCUGGAUACUCAUCUACUGAGGGCGUACAGUGCAAUGAAGCUCGACUUGUUUGCGGUGAUAGUUUUGGUCGGCCAUUUUACUGUCUCUACUGUAAAGGCCGAUAAAGGUUCUUGGAAAAAGAUAAACACUAUUCCUGUAUGUUUUGGGGCAAAGAAUAACAAUUAUGGAAAGUUUCAGCCCACCCGCCAUGGCUUCCUGGCUGCCGUGAAGCUUGUUCACAGGACGGGCUACGUCGCAAAUGACCCUGAUAAAAGUUAUCGUAGCCAUUGGGGCUCCGACAGAGGACACGACAAUCUGGACAUUCUUGUAACAAAUACCAGGAAUGAAGUCAUCUUCCCUCUAACCGGAGUGCGGUACAUGCCUGGUAGCAACCCUGGUCGGUGGUACGAAAUGGACGCCUUCAACGCCAAGUCCAACGAGCUAGUUCUACAACACGGGUUUGACAAGGGGUACUACGUCGGCCCCGAGUCAAUGCUGCGAGUGUGGUAUGGGGAGGAUCUGUACAACUACACCGAGGCGAAUAACGUCGGCACAGAAUGCGUUGAUGUCUAUGGAUACUUCAUUUGAUUACCGGAUCACCAAUCUACCAUAAAAUCUGAUGAUUAUUAAAUGCGAUAAUCUGUCUAUCAUUACAAUAAACUAAGUAUAAUCUAUAGACUAUAUAAUGUGAGUGAGAUUCCAGCUAUAAGCGCGCGCGCUCUUUCCUGAUCAAUAAUACCAAGCAAGUAGUCUUGGGUUUCAGUCACGUGACGUUUCGAGUGUGAAUUUACUUCCGGUGAUGAUGUGAUGGUCAACACACGAACAUGGCAGCUGUAGGCGAAAACCGGGUUUCUACCGUAUUUUCCAAUAAUUUUCGCUCUUUAAGUCUAGAUAUUUGAUAGCAUUACUUUCAAAAGAUGUGUUAUUGUAACAGUUAACCCCUGCAUUCGAAAAAAAGUAGAUUUUUUAACAGUUUUUUAACUGUUCAAACGAGACGGAAAGCUUACAAAAAAAAAUACAGUCUCACAACUUUUUGUUUGUGGAUGAUUGAAACCCUCGGUAUUAAACGGAUGAAAAAUUA